UGUGGACAGAGUGGGAGAAGCUUCGGGGUGAAACGGCAGCCAGCUGUGCAGCAGAGACUGCCCAGCCUGCAUAUCCGUGUUUCAGCGGGUUGCUCUCGGUGUAGUGCGGGCUUUUUUUUUUUUUAAUCUUUUUAUUACUGGUUGCGUAAGUCGGCAGAGCAGCAGCGUCCGUCGGAGCUCUGGGCAGGAGGAUGGAGGGGAGUGAAGGGGACGAGAAUGAGAGCGGCUCGGUGUGGAAACAGUUUCAAGCCAAGGCUAAGCCGCUUCUCAGUCCCAAGCUGGGCGGCCGAGAGCCGGACGAGCAGAGCAAGAGGAGCAUGUGGAUGUUCAAGAAGACUAAGCGGAAGGAGAACGUCGCUCUGGACCGGGUUAUCUCUUCCUCGCAGCCCGACCUGCUCUUCUCCGCUCAGGUGACGGACGUGAAACCGCAGGAGGCUCCGCUCUGCGGCAAACCUCCCGGGAGCAGCGCCCUGCCUGGCCGGGAGAAGCUCCACUCGUCCAUCAAGCGCAAGUCCGCCGGCGCGAGCAAAUCCACGGUGGCUCAGCUGGUUCAGUCCCACCACAAGAGCUCCUCGUUGGGGUCCGCGUGCCUGGAGAGGCUGACGGAGCCUCCGGGCGGCAGCCGCGGGAGCGACGCGGCCGCAGCGCAGGCGGCGGCGGUGGAAAGCCACCUGGAGAGGAAGCAUGAGCAGGCGGGCAUGGGGGCGUCCUGCUCCUCGGGGAGCCCCUCUGAGGCAGCCACCCCCCCACCAGGGAUGUAUAAGCUGGAGAUCGAGCUGAAGCGAGGACACAACCUCGCCAUCCGAGACCGAGGAGGCUCCAGCGAUCCCUACGUCAAGUUCAAGCUGGCUGGUAAAGAGGUGUUCAGAAGCAAGACCAUCCACAAAAACCUCAACCCGGUGUGGGACGAGAAGACCACGCUCAUCGUGGACAGUCUGAGCGAACCGCUCUACGUCAAGGUCUUUGACUAUGACUUUGGUCUUCAGGACGACUUCAUGGGUUCUGCUUUUCUUUACCUGGAGUCUCUAGAGCAGCAGAGGACGAUACCGGUGACUCUGGUGCUGAAGGACCCGCAGCUCCCCAACGAGGACCUGGGCUCUCUGGAGCUGGCAGUUACCCUGACGCCUAAAAGCAGCCCCAUGGAGGAGCCUCGAGACACGGCGACCAUGCUGCUCAGGAGGUCCUGGAAACGAUCCACAAAGCAGCAGCAGUCAUUGCGUCUCACUGACGUGCAUCGGAAGUCCCAGCUGUGGCGAGGGAUCGUCAGCAUCACGCUGAUCGAAGGUCGGAACCUCACGCCCAUGGACCCCAACGGCCUGAGCGACCCCUACGCCAAGUUCAGGCUGGGGCCACAGAAGUACAAGAGCAAGACGAUGUCGAAGACCCUGAGUCCUCAGUGGAGGGAGCAGUUUGACCUUCAUCUGUAUGAGGAAACAGGAGGCGUUCUAGAGAUCACAGUGUGGGACAAAGACACGGGGAGGAGAGACGACUUCAUCGGACGCUCCCAGUUGGACCUAUCCACUCUGAGUAAAGAGAAGACCCAUCACCUGGAGCUGCCGCUGGAGGAGUCCCGGGGCGUCCUGGUGCUGCUGGUCACGCUGACGGCGUCGGCGGCGGUCUCCAUCGCCGACCUGUCCCUCACACCGCUGGAGGACCCAGAAGAACGCAGAGAGAUCCUCAAACGAUACGGUGUGAGGAAGUCGUUGUCCAACCUGAGGGACGUGGGCAUCGUCCAGGUGAAGGUGCUGAGAGCCGAGGGGCUGAUGGUCGCUGACGUAACAGGUAAAAGUGACCCUUUCUGCGUGCUGGAGAUGAAUAACGACAGACUGCAGACACAUACCAUAUACAAGAAUCUCAACCCUGAGUGGAACAAAGUCUUUACCUUCAAUGUGAAAGAUGUUCACUCGGUCCUGGAGGUGUCAGUGUUUGACGAAGACAGAGACAGGAGUGCAGACUUCCUGGGAAAAGUGGCCAUUCCUCUUUUGAAUAUCCGGAACGGCGUCCAGAGAGCAUACCUGCUAAAAAACAAGGAGCUCACCGGCCCGACCAAAGGAGUCAUCUACCUGGAGAUGGAAGUCAUCUACAACACGAUAAAGGCUGCUUUAAAGACCGUGGUUCCUGCAGAACAGAAAUACGUGGAGGAAGAACCAAAAGUUUCCAAGCAGCUGCUGCAGCAGAACUUUAACCGGGUCAAGCGGUGCAUCAUGGUCCUCUUCAGCUAUGGUACCUACAUUAACAGCUGCUUUGAGUGGGAGUCGUCACAGAGGAGCAUCACGGCUUUCAUUCUGUUUGUGGUGGUGGUCUGGAACUUUGAGCUCUACAUGCUGCCACUUGGCCUGGUUCUGCUGCUGGUCUGGAACUACUUCUUCUCCUCAGGCAGAGAGACGGCGGAGACGUCCAUGGAGGCCAUGUUUGAAUGGGAGGAUGAUGAAGAGGACAAGGAAGAAAAGGACUCUGAGCACAAAGGCUUCAUGGAUAAACUGUACGCCAUCCAGGACGUGUUCAUCAGCGUACAGACCGCUCUGGAUGAAGUCGCUUCGUUUGGAGAGAGGUUAAAGAACACCUUUAACUGGACAGUGCCUUUCCUCAGCUGGUUGGCGAUCGCUGCCCUGUGCCUGGCCACACUGCUGCUCUACCUCAUACCGCUGCGAUACCUCGUACUCGCCUGGGGUGUGAACAAGUUCACUAAGAAGCUUCGUGAUCCAUACAUGAUCGAAAACAACGAGCUUCUGGACUUCCUGUCCAGAGUUCCAUCUGAUGUUCAAAUGAUGCAGUACAGAGAGCUGAGAGCCGAUCCAGGACAAAGCCCCAACAAGCGCAGGCGGGCGUACCCCAGCUAGCUGGAAGCUGUAAACUUUGUACAUUUAUUGUAAUUUCAUAUUUGGUUUCUUAACCGUGUCCUCUUGUACAUUUGAUUCUGACAAAGAUGCAUUUACUGAUUUUUUUUAUUUAUUUUGUUGCUACCAAACUGAAUUGUUUUCUAAAUAUUUGAAAGAAAAAGUUGUUGUUGUUCAUUUUAUUGAAUUUAUUUCUCUCCACCCAACCCAACCCUCCUUGUUAAAGUGAUGAAAUAAAGGAAUGUGUCGUCUGCAUGCAGUGCUGCUGUCGCAUGCAACCGGAGCAGAGUCACUCUGACCUGAAUGUGUCGUCGCCGUGUCUGAAAACAGAGCUGCAUGCUGUUUCUGUUCUGACCCAGGAUGUCCUCAACCUCAGAGGCCAGCGCCACAAGGUCCGCUGUUAUUCCACCCAUUGGUUUUCUUUUUAUUUCCGUCAGUCGGGGGAACAAAUGUUUUCGUGUGAAUUCAGCUUCAAGUACAUGGCAACAGCCAAAGUCGCUGCAGCCUAAAGAUUUCUCCACUCAAAUGAGUUUUUAUAUUCCUGUGGGGGUUCUCAUGAGCGGUUAUAAGCAGUUAGUGUUUUACUUCCAGUUUGUAGCUUUUUUAUUAUCUGAUGAAUGCCAGUUUAAAACAGCUUUAGGACAAAAUUUUACCAAGUAACAUUUGAAAUAAGAUAAAACUAACUUCCAAGUAAGAUACAGAAGCUUGUUUUAGGUUAAUAAUUCCUUAAUAUUUAUAGAAAAUGUACUUGUUCCUUUGUCAGAUUACUUCAUUUGUGACAUGGGAAAAAUGUUUUCUUAUAGGUGGAAUAAUUUGCUGGUGGAACUAGUACUUUGUAAAUCAAUUUUAAGGUGCUACUUGUGUAAAACAAGCUCUUAUAUCUGACUGAAAAGUUACCAGUAAGUUAGUUCUGUCUUAUUUCAAGUGUAUUGAAAUAUUUGCACCAGAAACUACACAAAAUUACUUUGUAAGUAACUUUAUCUACUUAAUAAGUAAAUAAAAUGACUUCUUGGCAGAUUGAUAGAUUGACAGCCUGCAGUCUGCUGGUCCUCUGCGUGUCCGGGCCGGGUGAAGGUUUCCCGUGUUGGGAAAAAAACAACAAAAAACCCAAAACAUCUUUCUCAAAAAUGUUCAUCUAAAUGCAGGAGCUAAGUCAGUCAGCAAACAGUUGGACUUUGCGGAGAUUUCCUGUGCUUUUCUUUCCCGAAGUUGUGUGGAACAAGAUGUGAAACUGCAGCAGACGUAACAGUAAAGUCUGAACCCUUAAUAUUUGCUCAUAUAUAGUUUUGUCUCCCACUGAUGUAAAAACUGUUUGAGUUGUUUUAAAUGAGCUGAAAUGAUUAGCCGUUGGUCUUCCACUGCUAUGAGGAUUUCUUUCUUUCACAGCAGCACAAACAUUUUACUUUUUAGAUCUCAAGAAAUUUGAGAACCGAUUCACCUGAUCAGCCAUCAGUCCAAGUGUUACAACUCAGUAAAUGUACAGAGAGGUCUAUGUAAGAAGAAAACAUUUCAGAGAGGUUUGGCAGAUGAUUUCCUCUGCAGUUCUGAGUGAAGAGUUAAAAUACGACAGCUUCAACUGCUCAACUCGUCUCAGAUUUUAUUUUUGAAACUCUUCAGUCACAAAUGUAAACCUGGGUGGUUUAAGGAGCAAAAAUAACAUCUGCAGCUCCUGUCUUUGCUGCACAAACACAAUAGAUGGGAUUGUUUUUUCAGUCUGUUUUAAUCUACAGCAAAAAAAUUUAUAAAAUUUAGACAUAGCACGAAAUUUAUUCAACUUCUAAAUAUUUCUAACUUUAUAGAAGUUAAAAUGUUGUAAACACAAAUGAAAUGUCGUCUUCCUUACACCUGUUCCCAGAUUAAAGGAAAUAAAAAACAGUUAACUAUCAAUGCAAUUUUAUCAUAGCUUUUAAAGUAUUUAAUGACCGUUCUUUAGGGUCUGCAACAUUUGUCCAAUUAGUUUUUUUUUUCUUAUCUUGUUUCUCUCAAAUGCAAAUUAUUGGAUGUCUCCAUCAUUUUUGUCUUAAUGUGGAAGUGAGAUGGCAAAUGUGCCACAAACCUGGAUAUGUUUUUAUUUAGGUGUGUUAUACUCAGCUGGUAAAAAUAGAAUUAAAAAAAAAAUUAUUUUCCAUUAAUUAGCAAAAAGACAAAAAAGAAAAAAUCAAGACAAAAAGUAAACUAACUGAACAUCCUCCAAAAGUAUUCCAUAUUUUCUGUCUGUUGUAAACCAAACAAACACAAACUGAAUCAGUUUUGAACCAAAAUGUUGAUCUAAAUUCUGAGGACAAUAAUUUGGUGCUUUUCUCAUAAGCGUGGAUAUUUUUCCAGCCUUGUGUAACUUUUGUAACUUUUCAUAAGUCCAUUCUGUUAACGCGACCAGACAUAUCUGAAUCGUGCAUAUUCAUAUCUCAGUAUCUGUUUAAUGCUUUGGGUGGGAAUGCAGCCAAUAUCUUGCAGCGGUCAGACAUUUGGAGCUGACCUCCUCUUAGUGUUUACAACUGCUAGGAAUCAGUUUCUCUGGUUUUGUCAGCAACUUUAGAUGGAAGCUCAGCAGAUGUCAGUGUUCACAUGAACAAUGAGCACUGAUGUCUGAUAACCAAAGAACAAGAAGCAUAAAGACCUUAUUUGACCCGGUUUGUGUUCCUUUUUUCAGAUUUUUUUCCCCGCUGCUCUUUGUUUCACUUUGUUGAUCCUGUUUUAUCGCUGUCUUCCUCUCAGCAUCUCCGUCUUUGUCUUUUUAACGUUGGGAUGCAAAGACCUGCAUGUAUGUGGAAGCUCCUGUCUGUAAGUGUUUUGCAUGAUUGAUCCUAAACUAUACAAGUGCAUUUAUGAACACUAAACGUGCGUAAAAGAUGAUUAUUGAUCCGACGUAGUGUAAACUCCCCCGACGAGACCGCACUUCUGUCGUUAUUGAUCUGUUUUUGACUUCUUUGAGAAAAUAUAUUUCUUCACAGA